AUGGCUGCGAUCUACGGCACAACAUGGCUGCGGUCUACGGCCCCACUACGUGAUCUCGAAAACGACGGCGAAGACGUUCCAGAAGCCAGCCGACGUACAGCCGCCCAACAGCUAACUCACUUGGAGUUAAUACUCGGCCAAGUAGCCAAUUAUUGUCCCGUCACUGCAAGAAACACAAUCGUUAACAACUCAACAUCUAUGAGGACAAUUUGGCAAGCAAUUCGUGCACAUUAUGGCUUUCAGUCCACCCGGGCACAUUUUCUCGAUUUUAAUAACAUUCGUUUAGAGCCUGACGAGCGCCCCAAGGACUUAUAUCAGCGACUUCUGAGUUUUAUCGAUGAUAAUUUACUCACACUAAUGGUAAUAUCCGACAUCACGGCGAAGACGUUUCCACGGACGAAGAAUUAACACCCUCGCUUGAAAACAUAAUUGUACUGACCUGGUUGCGUUUAAUUCAUGCAGAUUUUCCCACUUUAGUUAAGCAACGUUACGGAACAGAACUCCGAUCACAGACACUAGCCAGCCUCAAACCCGAAAUAUCUCAAGCUUUAGACGCCCUCCUCGACGAAAUUCAUUCUUCAAAUGAGGCUAAAGUUCUACGCACAGCCUUUCGACGAUCCUCACAACAGCGUGACAAUCGUAGUGCGUCUUCCCAGCCCAGUAACAACGAGGGGCAACCAAGUGCUGUCCCAUAUGUAAACAAGCUAAAAGAUCGCAGUUCCAACACUACUUGAGUAAGUGCCCAUUUCGUCCUAACGAAGACCGUCAAUAUUUAACUCGCACACGACAGGUCAUUGUUGAUCAACAUGAACCGCCUGAUAAGUCAGACUUAGAGCCAGAACCAGAUGACCACUCCUGUUUCAAGAACAAUCGGGUCAAGUCUACCGCCUACCGAGUUAGCACAAAACAAUCGCCGCACCUGAAAGUAUUCCACAACCACCAUGCGGUACAACUCACUCUUGAUACUGGCGCCGAAACCAGUAUGAUUAAGUCAUCUAUUGCCCAACAAAUUGGCGCCACUAUCCAAAAAACCAAAGAAACAGCUCUACAGGCUGACGGAAUUACUCCACUAAGCGUUGUUGGUGAAGUCCAUCUGGAUUUAUCACGUAACUCCCACACCCUCCAUCUUGAUGCCCUGGUCGUAAACAAUUUAGACGUUGACGUUUUGGCGGGAACCCCCUUUAUGGUAACCAAUAAAGGAAUACCGAAUGGUUUUCCGUGCAGGAUUGCGUGAUCCGUGUACGAGGGAUGUUGCGAGACCUUCGGAAAGCGUAAAAUAUAUAAUGACAUUUCCAUUAGACCCUCGAAGCAACAAAUUACAAUCAAGGGUACAGACGUCACCCACUACAAUACACAUCUUCCCAAUCGGAAGGAACACCUUGUUAGACGUACCCAGGCAUACGUUCUUCGAGCUCCACCAACUCCUACAGUGAUCUGGCCCGGUGAAUACCUAGAGAUUCCCAUUCCUCGUGAAAUUAACCCAGAUAGCACCCUUGCCGUGGAACCACGCCCAGAUUGCGCUAAAUCCGUGAGUGAUUGGCCACGCCCACAUAUUCUCGAAGCUGUCGCAGGACGAGUCCGCAUACUGAAUGAUACAUCAAUAGUUAAGAACAUAUCCCGCCAUGAACAUUUUUGCCAAGUUCGUUUGGCACAGGCUCUAGACCCCAAGGAGAACACACUCCCCUUCCCUCUGCAUCCUGUGCCACAUGUCACCCCUAAACCUCUUGCAUCCUCACAUUCGUCUUGUGUAACCGUGGAUCCCAACAACAUUCUUCCAUCCACCACCCGUCAAAGCUUCCGCAGCCUGUUAGAAGCCCAUGAUGACGUAUUCGACCCCACCAUCACCGGGUUCAAUGGCGCGGUUGGUCCACUCGAAGCUGUGGUUAACAUGGGUCCGGUCCAACCCCCUCAACGAAAGGGUCGUGUUCCACAGUAUGCCUAUAAUAAAUUAGUAGAAUUGCAACAGAAUUUCGACGAACUUGAAGCUCAAGGAGUAUUUAAACGGCCCGAGGACAUUGGAAUAACAGUAGAGUAUCUAAAUCCCUCGUUCCUCGUUACCAAACCAACCGGUGGACAUCGUUUGGUCACAGCUUUUGCCGACAUUGGGCGUUAUAGCAAGCCUCAGCCAUCUUUGCUACCCGAUGUCGACACCACACUACGCACUAUUGCUCAGUGGAAGUACAUCAUAGUAACCGAUUUAACAAGUGCAUUCUACCAAAUACCGCUGUCGAAAAGCUCGAUGAAAUAUUGCGGCGUCGCCACACCGUUUCGUGGUAUACGAGCCUGGGAUGGGAAUGCGCGAUGGGAAUGCCCGGAUCGGAAACCGCCCUGGAGGAGCUAAUGUGUCGUGUACUGGGAGAUUAUCUGCAGGACGGUAUCGCAGACAAACUUGCCGACGAUCUCUACUGUGGAGCUGACUCACCCGAAGCCCUUCUCCAGAAUUGGCGUCGCAUCUUACAAGCUCUUCAGCAAUGCAAUCUCCAUCUUUCUCCUUCAAAGACCACUAUCUGCCCCCACUCGACUACCAUACUUGGAUGGAUAUGGACAGAAGGACGUCUAUCUGCCAGUCCACAUCGCAUUGCCACGUUGUCAUCGUGCCCCCCCACCUGACACUGUUCGUGGUUUACGUUCAUUUAUUGGCGCAUAUAAAGUCCUGGGCAGAGUGUUACCCAAGUGUUCACACAUCAUAGCCCCACUGGAGAGCGCCAUUGCAGGUCAACAGUCAGGCGAGCGCAUACUGUGGACAGAUACGUUACGCGAACAGUUCCGCUAUGCACAAACUAACCUCACUACACGGAAAUCCAUCACUCUACCACGACCAUCUGAUCAACUUUGGAUCGUUACUGACGGAUCAGUUACCAAACACGGUAUCGGGGCCACCCUAUACAUCACCCGCAACGAGAAGCUUCAUCUCGCUGUCUUCUUUAGCGCAAAACUACGAAAACAUCAAGUCUCCUGGUUACUCUGCGAAAUCGAAGCUCUUAGUAUCGCUGCCGCAGUUAAGCACUUCAGCCCGUUCAUUAUCCAAUCCACCCACCAAGCAUGUCUAUUAACGGACAGUAAACCGUGUGUUCAGGGUUUUGAAAAAUUAUGUCGCGGCAAGUUUUCGGCGAGCCCUCGAGUUACUUCCUUCUUAUCAAUCGUCAGUAGGUACCAGGUCAACGUUCGUCAUCUAGCGG